UAUAUUUUACCUUUUCUUAGUUGGAUGUUGAGGAUUGGUUACUUAGUUAACUUUAGCUUUUCUAUUGUUUUAAACAAGCAAGCUUUGGAAGGAUAUGAGUAGAUACUGUUUUGGUGGCUUAUCAACCUAUGCUACAGAGGGAAGUAUUUCUGAUAAAGAGUGGUACUUUUUGUUGUAAAGACAAGAGUAGAUGGCACAGAGGGCAUUGUAUGUCGAAAGUCCCUUCAAAUUUAAUAAGUUUGUAAAAUCUUUAUAUUGCAGUGUUGCUUUCCUGCAUCAUUGCAGGUGUUGUGGGCGAACUCUGUGUGCUGAACACUUAGCAAAUCAAAUGGUCUUACCACAGUUUGCUAUUCAUUCGCCCGUCAGAAUUUGCGCUGAUUGUUUUAAUGAUGCCCCUAGGUAUAUUUUCACAAGAAUGCCCAGUAAAAUAUAAUUUGAAGUAUCAAAUAGACUAGUAUAUCAUGCUUUGCAAUUUGAUUGUGGAUAUUCUCCUAAUCAUUAGUUCUUUCUCUGGUCUUUCUUUUAUGUGUCUACAUUUUGCUUUUAUUUGAAAAUAUUUUAAAAGCAGUACAUGGCAAUGAAUUAAGUUUUGUAACUAGGAACAAGCUCCAACUAUGCCAUUAAAGGGGCAAAAGGGCCAAGUAGAUUCACUGUGUUUGUUUUUUUCCUCAAGCAUGGGAAAUCAUAAUUUUGAAUUCUGAUCCAACGUUGCAAUGAUAGUUGUGGAUAGGAUCACAAGCACAAAGGCAUAUAAGGUCACAACUGCUUGAAUGAACAUGUGACAUCUUCUAGAAUGGUGUUG